ACCGUCGUCGCCCUCAUGCUGGCUUGCCUGUGCUGUAAGAAGGGCGGCAUCGGGUUCAAGGAGUUUGAGAAUGCCGAGGGGGAAGAGUACGCGGCCGACUUCUCGGCACAGGGCUCCCCGGCCGCAGCGGCUCAGAACGGGCCUGACGUGUACGUCCUGCCGCUCACUGAGGUCUCCCUGCCCAUGGCCAAGCAGCCUGGGCGCUCAGUGCAGCUGCUCAAGUCCACAGACCUGGGCCGGCACAGCCUUCUGUACCUGGAGGAGAUUGGACACGGCUGGUUUGGGAAGGUAUUCCUGGGGGAGGUGAACUCAGGCAUCAGCAGCACCCAGGUGGUGGUAAAGGAGCUGAAGGCGAGCGCCAGCGUGCAAGAGCAGAUGCAGUUCCUGGAGGAGGCGCAGCCCUACAGGGCCUUGCAGCACUGCAACCUGCUCCAGUGCCUGGCCCAGUGCGCCGAGGUGACGCCCUACCUGCUGGUGAUGGAGUUCUGCCCAAUGGGGGACCUCAAGGGCUACCUGCGGAGCUGUCGGGUGGCCGAGGCCAUGGCGCCCGACCCCCUGACCCUGCAGCGCAUGGCCUGCGAGGUGGCCUGUGGCGUCCUGCACCUGCAUCGCAACAACUACGUGCACAGUGACCUGGCUUUGAGAAACUGUCUGCUCACGGCUGACCUGACAGUCAAGAUCGGCGACUAUGGCCUGUCUCACGGCAAAUACAGGGAAGACUACUUCGUGACGGCUGACCAGCUGUGGGUGCCGCUGCGCUGGAUCGCGCCUGAGCUGGUGGACGAGGUGCAUUGCAAUCUGCUGGUGGUGGACCAGACCAAGGCCAGCAACGUGUGGUCCCUGGGCGUGACCAUCUGGGAACUCUUCGAACUGGGAGCACAGCCCUACCCCCACCACUCGGACCGGCAGGUGCUGGCCUAUGCUGUCCGAGAACAGCAGCUCAAGCUGCCCAAGCCUCAGCUGCAGCUGACUCUCUCCGACCGCUGGUACGAGGUGAUGCAGUUCUGCUGGCUGCAGCCUGAGCAGCGGCCAACGGCGGAGGAGGUGCAUUUGCUGCUGUCCUACCUGUGCGCCAAGGGCGCCACCGAGGCGGAGGAGGAAUUUGAGCGGCGCUGGCGCUCACUGAGGCCCGGUGGCGGCAGCGCGGGUGCCGGGCUAGGGGUGGCAGGCCUGGCCCUGGGGGGCACGGGUGAGCUGCUCGCCACCUCCUCCUUCCCGCUGCUGGAGCAGUUCGCUGGCGACGGCUUCCACGCGGAGGGCGACGACGUGCUGACAGUGACUGAGACCAGCCACGGCCUCAACUUUGAGUACAAGUGGGAAGCGGGCCGCGGCACCGAGGCCUUUCCGCCACCAGAGGGCGCCCUGAGCCCGGGCCGAGACGCGCGGCUGCAGGAGCUCUGUGUCCCGGAUGGCGCGCCCCCGGGCGUGGUGCCGGUGCUCAGCGCUCACAGCCCCUCGGUGGGCAGUGAGUACUUCAUCCGCCUGGAAGACCCUGCGCCUGCCGCGGACCAUGACCCCGACUGCACUGGCUGUGCCCCCAGCGCGCUUGCCGCCGCGCUGGGCCCCGAUGGUAGUGACCACGAUGAUGACUCUGACGGGAGCACCGCCGCCUCGCUGGUCAUGGAGCCGCUGCUCGGCCACGCGCCGCCCGUGGAUGGCCCCUGGGGCCACUGCGACCACUACCCCUGCAAGAGCCACGCCCGUGACCUGCCCUGCGCCUCCCGCUCACCCUCACCGGAGACUCCGAUGCUGGCGGAGCCUGGAGCCGAGGAUAUCGACUGGGGUGUGGGGGCCUUCUGCCCCCCGUUCUUUGAGGACCCACUGGGCAUAUCCCCCUCGCGGAGCUCUGGGGACCAACCAUCUCCAGGUGGGGAGGAGCUGAGGGAGGCUGAGGCGUCCAGAGCCGCCCAGUACAGACACUGGAGCUCCAACGUGUCUGCCAACAACAACCGCGGCAGUCGAGCACCGGAAUCCUGGGUCCCAGGCCUCUCAGGCUACACGGACUGCUGCCCUGGUGCGAAGCAGACUUUGUGGGCCAUCCCUGAGCUGGGCCAUCCUCUGACCCCAGAGGAUCCCAGAGAGUCUCUCCUUGGGCCAAAGGGGGCCUCCUUGGUUCAGGAGCUGGGCCACUGCCUCGGCCUCCCCCAUCUGUAUCCUGCUGAGGGCCUGACACCUGCCCCCUGCCUGGUCGCCUCUCCCUGGACAGAGGCAGCCGUAAGUGGGGGUGAUAGCCCGCAGGCAGAGCCCAGGCUCGCAGAGGAGGCCGAGGGCUCUGCUGGACUCCAACUGCCCCUUCCCUCUAUCCCAUCCCCAUCCCAAGAGGGAGCCCCACUUCCUGCUGAGGAGGCCAGCACCCCACCCACCCUGCCUGCCUCACCCACGCCCACUGGAAGCCAGGCACCUGCCACUGAGCCAGCCCAGACCCGCGACAGCAGCAGCAGCUCCCCUGAGCUGGAGGCUCCAGGAAGUGAAGAUGAGGACACGACUGAGGCCACUUCUGGUGUCUUCACUGACUUGUCCAGCGAUGGCCCACAGGCUGAGAAACUAGACGUGACCCCAGCUUUCCGCUCCCUGCAGAAGCAGGUGGGGACCCCCGACUCCUUGGACUCCCUGGACAUCCCGUCCUCGGCCAGUGAUGGCGGCUGUGAGAUCUUCAGCCCAUCAGCUGUCAGCACCCCUGGCGGGCAGCUCCGAGCCCUGGACAGCGGCUAUGACACGGAGAACUAUGAGUCCCCCGAGUUCAUACUCAAGGAGGCGCAUGAGCCCUGUGAGCCCGAGGCCUUUGGGGAGCUGGCCUCAGAGGGUGAGAGCCCGGGGCCCGAGACUCAGCUCUCUGCCUCCCUAGGUGGCCUCAGUGAGAAGAAUCCCUACCGUGACUCUGCCUACUUCUCAGACCUGGACACGGAGCCCGAGCCACCCGUGGGCCCCAAGAAGCAUGGAGGUGUUCCGGUCCCCGAGCCGAAGCCUAAUCUGGACAGCCUGAAGAGCCCCAGGAUGCAGUCUGCACAGCCCUCCCCUGAGCUGGGGGUACCCGGGGAGGCACAGGGCACUGGACCCAGGGAGGUGCCACCACUGCCACUGUCACCGCCUGAGGACUCUUCCCCAGAGCCAAGCGCCUGCCCCACAGGCCCCAGGCAGGAGCCUCCCUCGCCCCAAGACCCAGCUCAGGUGCCGCCCAUGCCCAGCCCCGUGAGUUCUAAGAUUUUCUUGCUGACUCCAGUCCGGCCAAGCUCAGAAAGCCACCGCCCAGAGCUCCAGGAGACCCUGGGUCUGCUGUCAGGGUCGAACCUGCAGGAACGGACUGGGGGCCCAGGUGCCUCCAGAACCCCGCUCUGCCUGGCCCUGCCUGGACUCCCUGUGGCCCCGGAGGGGCGGCCUGAGGAGGAAGAGGAGGACAGCGAGGACAGUGACGAGUCGGAUGAAGAGCUCCGCUGCUAUAGCAUCCAGGAGCCGAGUGAGGAGAGCGAGGAGGAGGUGCCACCCGUGCCAGUGGUGGUGGCAGAGAGCCAGAGUGCUCGGAACCUGCGCAGCCUGCUUAAGAUGCCAAGCCUGCUGUCCGAGGCCUUCUGCGAGGACCUGGAGCGCAAGAAGAAGGCUGUGUCCUUCUUCGACGACGUCACUGUCUACCUCUUUGACCAGGAAAGCCCCACCCGAGAGCUCGGGGAGCCCUUCCCUGGUGCCAAGGAGUCACCCCCGACGUUGCCAGCGGGCAGCCCAGGCUCCCCCAGUGCCUCCUGCCGGCCACGGCGGGCUGACCCCUCCCCUGAAGCCCCUGGGACUGAACCGGACGGAGAGUUCGAGUGGAAUGAUGGCCUCAUGCUGACGUCGGCCCAAGAGCCAGCCUCGCGCAUCCCCGCCGAGACUCCCAAGUCCGUCGGGCCCAGCCCCUUCUCGCGCUUCACCGUCUCACCAGCGCCUGCGUCCCGCUUUUCCAUCACGCACGUCUCCGACUCGGACUCCGGGUCCGUGGGAGGGUCUGGACCAGCUCCUGUCUGGGUCCCACUGGAGCCCUGAGAAGGGGCUGAGGUGGGCAGCCUGAAAGAUGGGGGCUUUCAGGUCGCAGUCUUGCCGCUGCAGCCCUGUCUGGAGGUGCCCAUGGCUCCCCUCUGCAAGGUAGUGCCCAGCCCUACCCAGCUGCCAAAGCAAUGUGGGUGCACCCAUGGUCAGCGUCAGGGGACAGGUUCCUGCUGCAGGAGUCGGGCAGUGGGAAGGGGUGGGGCAGCACAGGGCGUAUUUUUGUAA